AUGUCCUCCCUGGAGACCCGACAUCUCAAGGCCUGCAGGCCAUGCUCCAAGGCAAAGGUCCGCUGUGAUCCCGGUCCGACCGAUGCUUGCCACAGAUGUCAUCGCCUGGGAAAGGAAUGCAUUAGGCAAGCCCCGAAAACUCACAGUGUCAAGAAGAAUACUGUCUCUGAUGUCGGGCGACUAGAAAGAAAACUCGACAAUGUAACCACGCUACUCGCAGCCUCACAGGGCUACAUGGAAGGCCUCGGUGGUGGCCAUCAUAGUCCAUUACCUGCCAGUGAACUGACCCAGCUUGAUCCUCUACAAGAAGAAUCGCUGGAGAAGAUCCUCGCAGAGUUCAAUCAGCGAAUCACGCUUUGGUUUCCAUUUGUCGUACGCUCGCCUCCUCUAAGAGCCAGUGACUUGCGUACUAUAAAACCAUUCUUAAACCUGGUCAUUCCAGCAAUUGUCUGUGAGGAUACAUCAGCGCAGGUGGGCCAGGCCAUUCGAGCCCGGGAUUAUUGGAUGCAACAUAUGAUAGCAAACGGGGAGCAUAGCUUAGACCUCCUCCAGGGAUUUCUGGUGUAUCUUGGCUGGACACAGAUUUUACCGCCACCUCCGCGUGCGGCGCAGAUCAACAACUACCUCCAUAUCCUGGAGGCGCAAGUGAUAAACCUCGAUUUCUACGGAGAGGCCAGGUCACGUAUCCCCGGAACGGUAUUUUCCUAUCUCAGAGUCUUUGGACUCCAAGGGGAUGGGCGCAGUUCCCGUACCUUAGAAGAAAUGAGAGCUUACCUUGGAUGCUACUACUUGGUUACGCUUGUAUCACUAUGUCUGGGAGAGAAAGAGCCUAUGCAGUACACAUCCUACACGGAUGAGUGCUGUCGGACGGUGCAAGAAGCCGCCCAGUGUGAAAGUGACCAAUACCUAGUGCAACUGGUCCGCAUCGCCCACAUGGCGGAGAAGAUAUACCGCGCAGUCCAGCGCCACGAGGUAGACGCUCCGACGGGGCUCGCACCGACAGCAAUGGGCAUACGCUGGCUCCAGAGAGAACUGCAACAACUCAAGGAUUCAUUCGUAUGCGACUUCCCACGGUCCGCGAUCCUUCUCGUCCACUACCACACCCUCGAGCUCUUAACAUACCGCGUAGCCCUCGAGCGCGACUUCGAAACCGCAAAUCUCAGCAACUACCCCCUCACACAAAUCGACGUACUCUGCUCCUGUCUCAACUCCACCAAAUCCCUCUUCGACGCCAUGUUCACCAUCCCAACCAACCUCUACUUCCAAAUCCCCUACACCUGCUGGACCCAAGUCGGCCACGGCCUGGCCAUUCUCUCGCGCCUCCUCGUCCACCACGACCCCAGCGGCUACUGGGACCGAGAAUGGGCCCAACAAACCAUCAGCUUCGAGAACGUCGUCAACACGUUUGCUCUCAAAACCGAAGAAGCAAUCUCCCACGCUCAUGCCGAAAACAUCAGCAUCCCGCCCAUCUUCACACACAUUAAAAAACGCACCACCUUGUGGAAAGAAGCGCACCAGAUGCGAUGCUCCGCAAUGGAUCGAUGGCGGCAGGAACAAGCCCAGACGUCGUCCUCGAGCGCGGGCGAUGCCAUUCCUGAUGUCACUAUGGAGGAUUUACUUGCCAUGGGACCGAUUUGGAAUUUAUUCAGUUUAUGA